AUGGGUCACACAGGCACUGGCUGGCUCGAUCUGUUGAUGGACGAAGGACAAUCCCUCCACGGUAAUGGUCCGGAAAGGCCCUUGAGUGAAGGUGGUGGGAAAACGAGCACCGACAGUAGCCCGGAGAAUCCCCCUUCAGCUCAGCCGUUGAUAUCGAAUCAAAUCAGCCUAUCCCAGCCCAGCAAUUGUAGCAGUGCCGUCGAAGUCACGCAAACACUUCUACGAUUGCAACGCGAGCUACUCGAGUUUCGAAGAGCCAGCCGUAGCAGCACAUCUAGUAGACCUGGUAGUACUCCAUCAAAUGACCAACCAAGCUCCUCUUGGCAAAAUUCGACCAACCCCGUUGAUGCGGUUCUCAAGCCAGGCCAAGUAUUGUUAGAUAUGAUUCGGCGGAUAUUUGAAGAAUAUUACAAGACAUACCAUGGCCUAGCGCAUCCCUCAUCGUUCCCUGACAGGGCAACCCUUCUGCCUCUGGUGGUAUCGCCAAUGUCGCUCCUGCUAUCGAGCUAUGGCGAGAUGUUACGAGAAAUUGCCACGGCCCUUAACCAACCGCAAAAUAUGACCAGUUUCUUCCCUGGCGCGCAACAACGAGCAGCUCCCUCGAACUCCGAGCACGGGACCCAGGCAGAUGUCUCGACAAUCCCUGAAUGUUUGAACUUGAAAUUCGGAGACAUGAGUCUAGACUAUCCUCUGCAACUCAUCCUUAUCGCAACAGUCAUCAACCACCAGCUGGCCCAGCUGAACCGUGCUCUUCAGGACUACCAGGGUAUUCACAUGCGGGCUCCGAAUAUGGGCAUUUCGCAUGAUCUGUUUGUAGCCACCACGGCAGAAUUGAAAUCCGCCACUGAAGAACUCAUGGCGGAGGCAGGAAAGCUUCUACGGCAACCGAGAACAUGA